AUGUCGGCCGUGAAGACUCUGAACCCCAAGGCCAAAGUGGCCCGAACCCAGGCGGCGCUGGCAGUGAACAUCAGCGCGGCCCGGGGCCUCCAGGAUGUGCUGAGGACCAACCUGGGGCCCAAGGGCACCAUGAAGAUGCUGGUUUCUGGAGCUGGAGACAUCAAGCUCACUAAAGAUGGCAACGUGCUGCUUCAUGAAAUGCAAAUUCAGCACCCGACAGCCUCCUUGAUAGCCAAAGUAGCGACAGCCCAGGAUGACAUCACUGGUGAUGGGACUACUUCCAACGUUCUAAUCAUUGGCGAGCUGCUCAAACAGGCAGACCUCUACAUUUCUGAAGGUUUGCAUCCCAGAAUAAUAACAGAAGGAUUUGAAGCAGCAAAGGAAAAGGCCCUUCAGCUUUUGGAACUAAGCAAAGAGAUGGACAGAGAGUCACUCAUAGACGUGGCCAGGACAUCCCUACACACUAAAGUUCAUGCUGAACUCUCUGAUGUCUUAACAGAGGCUGUUGUUGACUCCAUUUUGGCCAUUAAGAAGCAAGAUGAACCUAUUGACCUUUUCAUGGUUGAAAUCAUGGAGAUGAAACAUAAAUCUGAAACUGAUACAAGCUUAAUCCGAGGGCUGGUUUUGGAUCACGGGGCACGGCAUCCUGAUAUGAAGAAGAGAGUAGAAGAUGCAUACAUCCUUACCUGCAAUGUGUCAUUGGAGUAUGAAAAUACAGAAGUGAAUUUUGGCUUCUUCUACAAGAGCGCAGAAGAGCGAGAAAAACUUGUAAAAGCAGAAAGGAAAUUCAUUGAAGAUAGAGUUAAAAAAAUCAUAGACCUGAAAAAGAAAGUCUGUGGUGAUUCAAAUAAAAGAUUUGUUGUUAUUAAUCAAAAGGGUAUUGAUCCCUUUUCCUUGGAUGCUCUUGGAAAAGAAGGCAUAGUAGCUCUGUGCAGAGCUAAGCAGAGGAAUAUGGAGAGACUGAUGCUUGCCCAUGGUGGGGUGGCUCUCAAUUCUUUAGAUGACCUGAAUCCAGACUGCCUGGGGCACGCGGGCCUCUUCUAUGAGUACACCUUGGGGGAGGAGAAGUUCACCUUCAUCAAGAAAUGCAACAACCCUCGUUCCAUCACACUGUUGAUCAAAGGACCAAAUAAACACACGCUCACUCAGAUCAAAGAUGCCAUCAGAGACGGCUUGAGGGCUGUCAAGAACGCCAUCGAUGAUGGCUGUGUGGUCCCAGGGGCUGGUGCUGUGCAAGUGGCGAUGGCAGAAGCUCUGAUGAAGCAUAAGCCCACUGUCAAGGGCAGGGCUCAGCUUGGUGUCCAGGCGUUUGCUGACGCACUGCUCAUUAUUCCCAAGAUUCUUGCUCAGAAUUCUGGUUUUAGCCUUCAGGAAACACUAGUCAAAAUUCAAGCAGAACAUUCAGAAUCCGGUCAACUUGUGGGUGUUGACUUGAACACAGGUGAGCCCAAGGUAGCAGCAGAAGCAGGCUUGUGGGAUAACUACUGUGUAAAGAAACAGCUGCUUCACUCCUGCACUGUGAUUGCUAGCAACAUCGUCCUGGUUGAUGAGAUCAUGCGAGCUGGCAUGUCUACCCUCAAAGGCUGA